GCUGGCAACCAUUUUCAAGACGAUACGUCGUUUCAUACUCCUCUAUCUCUAUCAGGUCUCCUCCUUCCCUUCUCCAACAGCAACAGGGCAGUAGCUAGCAAUCUCCUAUAGUUUGGUCUCAAAUGGCGAAACCAAUCUCUAGCGCUACCACAUCACUCUUCCAGACCCUAAAACGAUACCUCAAAAAGCCAUGGGAAAUAACCGGGCCAUGUGCCAGCCCGGAAUACAAAUCCGCUUUACCCAUGGCCACUGAGUACCGUCCCGAAUGUCCUGCCACCACUAAAGUCAAGCCUGUGGUGCCCACUUCAAACCCAGAAACUGUCUACGACAUCAAGUACUUUGUCCGUGAUCAGCGCCGCGACAGGCCUCCCAUUCAACGCACCGUCUUGAAGAAAUCUGAUGUGGUCAACUUGAUGAAGGAGAAACAGAGCUUUGAUGUCACUGAAUUUCCUAUCCCUUACUUGACUGCUAAAGUUGAAGAGGAUGAUAAUGCGUAUGGUGGAGGCUAUGAAACAGGAUUCAAGUAAUAUGGUUGAUUUGCUGGAGGGAACUCAAAGCGAAAGGGCUUUCAGGAUGUAAAGUCGUCAAUUGGAGAUGUUUUGAGUCCUGAAAGGAUUUCUGCUGAACAAUAAUAAAUUUCAUUGAACCAUGUAUGGAUUUAAAGCUGUACUUUGAUGAACAUGUGAUUUUUUAUGUUUGGAACUAUGCCUGUAAUAAGAUAAUGAAGGUUUUUGUUUGCUCUA